AUGACCAAUCAGACAUAUGAUCAUACUAGUCCAAAUAAUAGUAAAGUUACAGCUUUACAAGAUAUUUCGAGUGCUUCCAAAGAAGAAUAUUCUGAUCAAGUAGAAUUAUUGUCAACAUAUGAAAAAAAAAAAAAAUAUGCUGAGGGGAAAAAAUAUGAUAAAUGUGCUACAAGUUGGUUAAGAGGACAUCCACAUAAAAUGAAAGUUCAUUUAGCUAGAAACUGUGAUAAUGCACCUGAAAACAUAAAAAUCAAAUAG